UCUCACGCAAGGCUUCUCUCUCACAGCCGCUCCCUGGCGUUUGACGUUUGUAAACAAACAGAAAUAUCACACAUAUAUUUUGAUAAUUUAGACGUUGUCAACGCUCCUUCCCCAUUUUCUACAUUAUGGGGGCCUUUCCUAUCCGUGCUAGGUCCAAGUUUUGGCCGAAACAUCCUUUGGAUUGGGGAAUAUUCAUUGUCACAUUGUUUCUUAUACCUACUAUUUACUUUUAUGAAAUGUUUACUGUUUACCCUACAGUUUGGGUAUUUUGUCCAAACUUUAGCAAGGUGAUUCCGGUCCUAGGAUUGUUUAUAUUCACAAAUAUUGUAGCCAAUUUUGUAGGUUUGGUAGUCACCGAUACUGGAGUACCCAAGGAGGUUAUGUCUUGCACAAAACUUCCGCACUCAUCAAAAUGGCAUUACUGUGAGAUGUGUGUAAGUUAUGUGCCGAUAAGGUCUUGGCAUUGUAAAGUUUGUAAAACUUGUAUUUUAAAGCGAGAUCACCAUUGUUUGUUCGGAGGUUGUUGUAUUGGACAUUUUAAUGCCCGCUUUUUUGUUAUGUUUUUGUUAUAUUUACUUAUAGGAACCUUGUACUGUGUUGUUAGUGAUACUAUGUUUUUGAUUGAGAAAGUUGAUCUUUCCACACCUUCAGUUGUAUUGAAAAUAGGAUUUCCUGCCUUUGCAUAUUUAUCGGGUUUGGAAACAUUGGCUAAUGAAUGUUACAUCUUACUGUAUAUUAUCAACUGGGCAGCAUUGGUAUUUGUCACUGUCAUGUUAAUAUAUCAUGUUCGCAUAAAUUUAAAAGGUCAAGUUACACACGAUGUUACAGUUUCAAACCUGGAGUAUGAUCUUGGAAAACUUCAGAAUGUCAAGGAAGUUUUAGGAAAUCGAUGGUACAUUGCUUGGGCUUUCCCUCUCAUAUCUUCCCCGCUUCCCCAUAAUGGUCUAGAGUGGGAAACUAGCAAUGAAUGGAAUUUGAGGUGCGAAAGAGAUUCUGUAAAAGGCAAGUAAUUUGUGAAUCUGUAGAAUCAUUGUAUAAAUCUUUACUUACUGCUGCUCAUUAAUUCAAUUCAAUAAAUCUGUGUUCUGUUUAGUGUAGUGUAAACCUGUCUUGUUUAUUAUGCAUUGCUCAAGGUGGAAAGUGUUCCCAAUCUUGUAAUAUUCAUGGCUGUGCUUUUAAUUCAUCAGUAUUUUAUAUAUUACAAUUCCUAUUUUGUAAACAGGACACCUCCUAUGCAUAAGACUAGUCUUAUGUCCUACGUGUAGAUGUAUUGAAAUUCAAGUACUUAAUACAGUGACUCUCUGUGAUGUGAAUAUUUAAAUAAACUGCUGUGUUUAUUGUAAA